CUGGCCUGGCGGGGCCGCCCGCCGCGCCCGGCUGGCAGAUCGCUCGGCUCGGCACAACGGUGCGACGCACCACUCCAGCUAGUCACAGGACACGGGCCCGCAGCACCACACCGCAGGACUACUUCACCAUGCAGAUCUGGUCGUGGCUCCUGGCCGCGGCGCUGCUGGCAUGCACGGCGAGCGCGAGGCCCGAGGGGAGUCCCGUGGACGCCGCCCAGCAGCCCCAGCAGCCCGAGCAGCCCGCCGAUCUCCCCCGGGCGGAGGCCGACUCCAUGCCCAAGGAAGGGGCCGAGAUUAAGCCCGAAACCAAGCCCGAUGUCGUCCCGGACGAGCCCAAGAUCGACAAAGAGGAGGAGGAUGCCAUGAAGCCGAACCCCGUCCCCAUCGAGCCGGACGUUAUGACCCCCGACGACUCGAAGGUCUUCCCGGAGGGGUCACUCCGGUCUCCGAUCGCCUUUGCCGUCGUCGACGGGAGCGUCGAUGACUCGCGAGUUAUCGGCGAAAAGCCGGACUUGCCGCUCAUCCCGGUGCAAAGCGCUGUGGAGGGGGCGUUGUCGCAGGCUGGCCCCGCCCAAAAGGAGGAUGCCGAGAAGGAAGAGAAGACACCGGUACGGAGCACAAGGACAGCCAGGACGUACCUCCCUGCCGAAGCGAGGGGUGCCGAAGACGGCAUAGAGACGUCCACCCGCAUCUCGAGCCGCCAGCUCACCGACAUCCACCUGCUGUUCCUGUCUCACCCGGAGCACGCCGCCAGGCUGUCGGCCGCCACCGCACGGCGCCCCGCCCCUGGUCACCUGGGGGAGAGCCGCCGCCACGAACAGCUCUCGCGGUCUGGACAGAGACAGGCGCGCAGGCUGGUCGAGCAGACGUACCCGUUAGAGUCUGAGGAAGACACAGAGGACCACCCGCGGCGCGGAUCCCUCCUGGACCAGGACGCCGUCAACGACAUUCUUCCUCGGACGCCGUACGAUGGACAGGAACCGGAACGCCAGUGGGAGCAACAGUCGGAACUCGCCGGGCAGCAACAGCAAGUCGUCAGUAACCAGGACGUUUCGACGAAGCUCGUGAGCGUCACGACGUUCAUUCCAACCCUCACAGCCGUCACGACGACCUCGCACCAACUUAGCGGCGGCGGCGAUGGGCCGGCGCGUGUCACAUGGCCGCUGGCCAACUACUUCCCCAUCGUGAUCCAGGACCCGCUCCUGGGCCUCUACGGCUCGUGGCUCACCGGGGGCGGCCUCUCCGGCCUCGUGGCCAACCUGGUGGAGUACGGCCCGGAGGCAGAUGUUUGCGGCGGCGGCGGCGGUGGCAGGGGACCGAGCAAACGGUCGCGCCGCACCAGGACGGCCGACCAACCCCAGGGGGCGGGUGUUGGUAUCAGGAGUCAGUCGGGUGCGGAUAACCAGCAGCUCAAUCGGGAAGACACUGCAGGAGGAGCCAUAACGGAAGCAAACGAGAGCGCGACUGAUAAUCUGCACCAGGACGACGGAAAUCUCCGCGAAGUGAGCGAGGACGUCGCCGACAUCCGGACCGAAGGUGCCGAUGCGGAUGUCUACACCGAAAGCAGCGAUGUUGAGAGUGUGACCGAGGGUGUAGCCUGGGAUAUCAACGUCGAGGAAGGGCCGAGCACAGAGCAGGACACGGUUUCGGUGGAGAACGGCGAGCACGGCCUGCCCAGCGAGGAGGAGGCCUACCGAGAGGACGACGGUGUCGACGAAGACCCUCCGCAAGUAACGGUCGAGAAGAAACUGCGGAAAACUAAAAACAAAAUAAACAAGCGCGUCAACAAGGUGGUCGCGCAGGUCGGGGGCCUGACCAAGCGAGUGGAAGCCAAGGUGCACCAAGUGCUACUCGAAAGCGGCGUCCUCGGAAGCACCGCCGACCAGCUGGCCUCCGGCCACAGGGACGACGCCGCCGGCGACACCAGCAGCGGCCCGACGCUCACCCGCAUCGUGCUGCGCCGCGGCGGCGUGGCGGUGGCCGGACCUGGGGGCAUCGCGACGGCCGCCUUCGGGGGCACGGCCAUCGUGGGGCCCGGGGGCAUCGCGUACACGGCACCGGACAGCACGGCCGUGGCGGGGCCCGGGGCACGCGUCGUCGCCGUGCCCUCCGAGCGGCUGCUCGACAUGUACAAGGCCUUCAGGCACGCCAACGAGCGGGGACUGUCGGCCUACCGGCCCGAAUGGCUCGGCACUAUCCCGCACGACGGGCGGCUGGUGGCCGUGGGGCCCGCCAUCUACCGCAACCCGCCGGAGGAGCUCGACAAGGCCGCACGCCCUGCGCACUGGGUCUUCGGCAACACCCGCGUUCUGGGGCUUAGGCGGUAGCUGGGUCGGUGGGCCGGGGCGGGGGGAGGCGAAGAAAGGGUUAUUAUGUCGAGUGCUAAUGAUAUCUCGAGGGGGUAAUCACUCGCUUGCUAGAAAGCACCCUGCGGGAGACAGAGCCUGCGCUUACAGCAAUUUAUACGAUAAAUCUGUAGUUGUAUCUAGGUAGUAUACGGUAAGCACGGGUACCACACAGUGAUGCCCGGGUCAUUGUUUACUAAUAUGUAAAAAAACAUGUGGGGGAAUUAAGUGUAUAGCUUUAAUGCGAAGCGGCCGACUUAAGUUUCUGGACUGGGGUACGUUAUCCCAAGAGGACUUCGCAACGAGUCUCUCGUAGACGGGUAACAUCGCAUCGUAGGUGGUGUAAUAGGCGAUUUAGUGCAUAGUAAACGUCAAUACGGAGUAGUCUGUACACCAAAACCCAUACUGAUUACCCCCUCGAUAGAUCUCUUGGUUUGUACAGGAUGUGUUUAAUAUUUGUGAUAUUAGUCAAUAACAUUCAUUGUGCCAAUAACGUCGUGAAAAGACUGUUUUCCGCAAAGUGCGAAUAAAUUACGAAGUUUCAUAAAAAGUC